GAGGCGAGGGAGAGAAACCGACCACACCGACCCGGCUUCCGGGGAUUCGUUGGGCCGCGGCGUCGGCAGACGUCGAUCGGUUAGCUCCGGUAGGGAGGGGGGGGAAGUAAGGGCGAACGAGCACAUCAUCGCCGACCGUCCGUCUCUCGGAUCUCAGCCGACUUGGAGAAUGUCGAGGAAGCUUCAAAGGACGGAGGUCUGCGCCGACUGCAGCGCGCCAGACCCGGGCUGGACCAGCAUCAACCGAGGGGUCCUGAUCUGUGAUGAGUGCUGCUCAGUCCACCGCAGCUUGGGCCGCCACAUCUCCAUAGUCAAGCACCUGAGGCACAGCGGAUGGCCUCCCGCGCUACUGCAGAUGGUUCAGACCCUGGCCAGCAACGGGGCCAACUCCAUAUGGGAACACAGUCUCCUGGACCCUGCUCAGGUGCAGAGCGGUCGAAGGAAACCCAACCCCCAGGACAAAGUCCAUCCCACCAAGUCCGAGUUCAUCAGAGCCAAAUACCAGAUGCUGGCCUUCGUGCACAAGCUGCCCUGCCGCGAUGAUGAUGGCGUCACCACCAAGGACCUCAGUAAGCAACUACACUCGAGUGUGCGGACGGGGAGUUUGGAGACGUGUCUUCGGCUGCUGUCCCUCGGCGCUCAGGCCAACUUCUUCCACCCGGAGAAGGGCACCACGCCGCUCCACGUGGCCGCCAAGGCGGGGCAGAUCCUGCAGGCCGAGCUGCUGGUGGUGUACGGCGCGGACCCCGGGGCGCCCGACAUCAACGGACGCACACCCAUGGACUACGCCAGGCAGGCCGGCCACGUGGAGCUGGCGGAGCGGCUGGUCGAGUGUCAGUACGAGCUCACGGACAGGCUCGCCUUCUACCUUUGUGGGCGGCGUCCAGAUCACAAGAAUGGCCAUUAUAUCAUUCCUCAGAUGGCGGACAGAGCUCGUCCUAAGUGCCCAACACAGAGUCUGGACCUCUCAGAGCUGGCCAAGGCGGCCAAGAAGAAGCUCCAAGCGCUCAACAACCGGCUGUUUGAGGAGCUAGCGAUGGAUGUCUACGACGAGGUCGACCGCAGAGAAAACGAUGCAGUGUGGCUCACGACCCAGAACCACAGCACGCUGGUAACGGAGCGCAGCGCGGUGCCUUUCCUUCCAGUCAACCCUGAAUACUCUGCCACACGCAACCAGGGCCGCCAGAAGCUGGCUCGUUUCAACGCCCGGGAGUUCGCCACGCUCAUCAUCGACAUCCUGAGCGACGCCAAAAGGAGGCAGCAGGGGAAAGGACUCAGCAGCCCCACUGACACACUGGAUGUGGGCAUCGAUGACGACCAGCACGACUACGACAGCGUAGCGUCCGACGAGGACACCGACAGCGAGCUGACCGCCCAGAACAACAACAACACGCAGCGCAGCAACCGGGCAAAGAGCAUGGACUCGUCGGACCUGUCAGACGGCCCCAUCACCCUGCAGGAGUACCUGGAGGUGAAGAAGGCUCUGGCCUCCUCCGAAGCCAAGGUGCAGCAGCUGAUGAAGGUCAACAACAACCUGAGCGAGGAGCUCAGGCGGCUCCAGAAGGAGAUCACGCGGAUGCAGACAGAGAACAGUGUGCUGCGGGGGGGCCAGCAGGCAGGGGGGCCAGCUGGCCAUGGGGUAGGGGGACCUGGCGGAGGAGGAGGGGGCAGUGGCGGCGGAGGAGGGGGAGGAGGCCACUGGCAUGGGGGCGGGAUGAGAGUGGGAGUUGGCGCAGGGGGCAUGGGUGGGUUCGGCACAGGAGCGGACCCCCCGGGGCUGUCGGUGCCCUCCUCGGCCGUCCCCAACUCCCACCCCCACCGGAGGGACCGCCAGGCCUUCUCGAUGUACGAGCCGGGUGCGGCCCCCGGCCCCACGGCCCAUGGCCCCCCAGUCCUGGACUCCCUGGCAGCCCGCCUGCAGCCCCUCAACACACCCAGCGUACGGAAGCCUUAUGGUGGCCAGCACCACUCUGGAUCUACAGAGAUGGGCCGGUACAUGGUGACCAAAGCCGAGAAGCACGGCAGCGGCACUGACAGCGACUACGACAACACGCAGACGUGCGACUUCUCGCUAAGUGCGGGCCGCAGCAGUGAGGAGGAGGUCCGCGGGGACUCGGAGGAGGGCGGAGGCGGGGAGGCGCGGGACCCGGACCCCGCCUUGCCGUGCACGGAGGACGUCAUAAUGAAGACGGAGCAGGUGACCAAAAACAUCCAGGAGCUGCUCCGGGCCGCUCAGGAGUUCAAACACGACAGCUUCGUUCCGUGCUCCGAGAAGAUCCACUCUGCCGUCACUGAGAUGGCUUCCCUCUUCCCCAAACGCCCGGCGCUGGACGCCGUCCACUGCUCCCUCCGCCUGCUGGCUUCCAGCGCCUCGCGGCUGCAGGUGGAGUGCCGCAAGGCGGCGCCCUCGGAGCCCGGGGGGCCCGCCGUGGACUACCAGCUCCUCACUCAGCAGGUCAUCCAGUGCGCCUACGACAUCGCCAAGGCCGCCAAGCAACUGGUCACCAUCACUACCCGAGAGAAGAAACAGUGACCCGGCGCAGGCAUGGAUGGAGGGAGAGAGGAGGAGGAGGGGAUGUAUUAAUGCACGGUUGGGGCCCCGGGAGGAAAGGGGAGGGGCUUCUGCAGCAGGUGUAGGAACAGGAGGGGUCACACCAGGUCGCGCUACAGAUGUGGGAGUGGGGGGAGAGCUUGGGAGAGUGCCGGGUGUGAGGAGAGAAGGAGUUUGGAGUCUGGUGGCCUCACCAAAGGAGGGAGGGGGGGGGAGGAGGAGGAGGAGGAGGAGGAGGAGGAGGAAGGUGGUAGAACGACAGGCUGCUGCAAUCCGGGACGCGCCGUCGGGAGUCACAUGUGAAUAAUAAACCGCCGCGGACUGUGGCGAGCGCACGUGGGCCCCCGCCGACCCGCAGCUUUAUUUAUUCUCACCCGUCAGUCUGUUUACCUGAGCUAGAGAGAGGGAAGUACAUAACGCCAUGACACACUCCCCAUCGUCUCCACCCCCCCCCCCCCCCCCCCCCAGAAAGGCUACAGAGAAAAGGCUCCAUAAUUUCUCCGACCCGGUGCCCCCCCCCAUCGGUACCCAGCAUGACGCGGCAUGUUUUCUCUUCCCUUCUCUCCUCUUUUGCUCUGAUGGGUUUUUACUCCACAAAGGACUGACUCACACAAACAAAACUUACACUGGAAUCCUUUUGAGUUGUCGUUGUUGUUGUUUAUAAUGCAUCAUGUUUUUGUUUUUUAUCGAUAUUUUUUACUGAUUCCUCAUGAUUUAACGGUUUAUUUUGUCUCUAAUAUGAUUCCCGUUUAGCGGUGGGAUUUAAAGAAACACGCACAGACACACACGAAAUAACCUGUGAAACGGCUCUCGAGCUUCCUCAGUCGAGGGUGUUUUCAAGGGGGGAGGGGGAGGGGGGAGGGUCGAAUGCUUGCCAAAUGGGAGGAGUUUUGUGUUUCUGCCCCCUCGGUGCGUUAUGUCGGGAUGGGAAGGCCCCCGUCCCGUAUCCUCAGCCGACUCAUCUGGGUAGUUUGCCUCGUUUUAACAGAGCCAGUGGAAUCAUCUCAGAAUCAAUGCCCCCCCCCCCCCCCCCCCACACCCCCCAGCCAUUAUUGUUAUGCACAGUAACAAAUGUUGACACGCAGCUCGUGCAUAUCCUGGUAUGUUACAGUUACACUACAAGUUGUCCCGUGGAAAGCUCCAGAGCUUCCACCGGAGGAGCAAAUGUGACGAGCGCCACGAACCACUAAAUACUGUUCACUCACCCCCCCCCCCCC